AGUUUCUUUAAAGUUUUUUUUUUCUGCUUUCUUUUUCAGGGAGUGGACUAACACCUCGUUAUUAGUGCUGCGGGAGGCACACAAAAAAGAGAGACCCAGGGAGCGGCGCUUGUGUUACGUACCUCCUGUGUUUAUUUAUUUCGCUGUGAGUCACUUAAGGGAUCGCGACUUCCUUCGUGAAACGUCACGUUGUCCGAAGCGAGAGGGAAGAGAGAGACUGAGACUGAGACUGAAGCUGAGACGGAAAGAAGUGGAGCGGUCUGCGAGAGAAGCACGGGUUUUCGAUUCUUUGCUCUUAAACUCCAGCGAGUGAAGAAAGAGUGCGACAUUGUGUGGGACUCACUAAGCGGCGGGGAACAGAGCAAGAAAUCCUCUUCGGUGGGUUCGAUUUGACUGUGGGAACUCGCAGAACUCCGCUGUACGCGGUCUUGCGGCAAGAUGAGCAUGCUGACAUGCCGUGUCCAAUAUCUGGAUGACAUGGACCCUUUCGUCUCCACAAACUUUCCGGAGCCUCGGAGACCCCUCGUGUACGAAUUCUAUGAUAACAUUUCCGUCGCAGAGCAGGUAGCUGGUGUACACAAGUUGCUGGCGGCGCCUUUAAAGGUGGAAGACACUGCUUUCCAGUUGUACCCUAAUGGAAACUACCUGGAUAUGGACUUAACCUUUACUGAACAGCGAGAUGACCUGGAGCAAUUCUUUGAUGAACUUAACAAAGGAAAAAAACCUAUUCUCAUUCUUCGAACACAGCUUUCUGUACGGGUUCAUGCAAUUCUAGAAAAGCUGUAUAACUCAAAUGGGCCUGAACUCCGCCGCUCUCUAUUCUCCCUUAAACAGUUGUUUCAGGACGAUAAGGAUCUUGUCCCGGAGUUUGUCAGCUCUGAGGGUCUCGCUUGUCUCAUUAAAGUGGGUGCUGAGGCAGAUCAGAACUACCAGAAUUACAUUUUGAGAGCACUCAGCCAGAUAAUGCUUUUUGUGGAUGGAAUGAAUGGUGUUAUCCAUCACCCUGAAACAGUCCAGUGGUUGUAUACACUAACUGGCAGUUUGUCCCGACUUGUUGUGAAAACUGCACUCAAACUUCUAAUUGUGUUUGUGGAAUACACUGAAAGCAAUGCUCAGCUCUUCAUACAGGCUGUGAGCACUGUGGAUGAGCAGAGAGGCACAAAACCAUGGUCCUGCCUGAUUGAAAUUUUGGACGAGAAGAAUGGAGCUGAUGGUGAAUUGCUUAUUUUCACAAUGACACUGAUCAACAAGACUCUGGCUGUCCUCCCAGACCAGGAUUCUUUCUAUGAUGUUACAGACUGUCUGGAAAAACAAGGUAUGGAAGCUAUCAUUCAGCGACAUCUCAGAGGUAAAGGAGCAGACCCGGAUUUGAAGCAUCAGUUCACUAUUUAUGAGAAUGCUUUAAAACAUGAGGAUGAAGAGCAAGACCAGUCUUUGCCACACACUCGCAGGGACCGACGGAAACUCACUCCAAGUGCAGAUGAUGCCCGGAAGCACAGAAGAGCCUCAGGGCAGAAUGAACCAGAGGUCGCAUUGCAGGAGAAAGUUGAGACGGGCGCCAUUUAUUUAAAUUCUUCUCGCAAGCAUUCUGAACGGAGUCCAACCACUGAGAAGCCAAGUUUGAGGGCAGAGAGGAUUUCCAGUCCAGUACUAAGUGACAUAAUCCCCAGCCCUUCUUUGUCAGCCUUUGACACUCAUAAAGGGGUCCAGUCCACUAAUUCUAAUAGUGUUACCCACUUCACCCCAAGUCUCCCAAGCAGUGGGCAUUCAUUUGUCAGUCAUUUUGUGGUACCUGUCAGUUUAGCCAGAAGACAAGAAUCUUUAGUAGCAGGCAGUACUGCAGUGGCUGCUAGCUCUGUACUAAGGGAUUUAUCCCCUCCUGUGGACAAACCAGACUCUCCCCCAGCUAAUCCUUCAUCAGAGGAGAAUGCAAAAAGUGGUGAAAAGAGUAUUUUCAAACUGGAUGAAACAGACUCAGUUUGGAUGGAGGAGGUUUGCCCGGUAAAUAUGGACAAACCCGUGUUGAGAAGGUUUGAAAAUCGAUUUCUUCAAAACCUUGUAGCCACACAUCGGGGAAGGGAGGCUAUAAAGAGAGCAUUCACUAAAGAGAAGCAGAAUAUCUCUUGUGCCACAGAGGAAGCUGUCUCACCAGAGAUUAUUGUCUCAUCACCUAAGGAAACCAGCAGAGCAGCUCCUUCUGAUGAAGGUGUUGAUCUACUGAGUGCCAAGGAGCUCAAAAAUAAGGCUAUAAAUGAAAAGGAGCCCUGUUCUGACUCCAGUGGAUCAUCUUCAACCAGUAGCACACUAGAGAGAGAAGAGAAGACCAGCGACAGACAAACGGCAGAUAAUGAACAAGCUAAAGGACUUGUACGGCAGACCAGUCUGGAAAAGCACAGUACCCUUUCAAGUGAACAGAAGUUUAAGUUGAACAUGUUGUAUGCCAAAAACAAGCCAGCUACCUUUACACGAUGCAGCAGCAUGGCUGAGGAGGAGGGACAAGAAGCAGGGAAGCAGCCUCCAGCAGAUAUUCUACUGAUAUCUAACAAUACUACUUUGGCAAGCCGCAUCUGUACUCUGGAAAACCAGUACCAGCAAGGGUGUGAAAGACAGUGGAACCCCAACCUUGACAAUGUCAGUAUCGAUGUUAAAGCAGUAAAGGACAGGCUGAGCGAGGAGCAGCAACCCAAAACCCUGAGAACACAAUAUAGUAUUGACUCAGAAAUAAAUACCAAAAACUUGGACAAAACACUCAUGACUCCUUUAUCAAAGGAUGUUGACUUUACAUGGGAUAAACUGGAAACCAGUUCUAGGGCACUAAAGAUUAAGGAUUUAGAUUUCUCAGACCUCUUGGAUGAGGAAGAUAUUGAUGUCUUAGACAUUGAUGGUUUUGAUGGCGACGUUUCAAAAGGCAGCGUGAUUCCCACACGAGCAACCCAGUUUGUUGGAACUACUGCUUCACCUCCACCAUCUGGUGUACUCUCCCCUCCACCUCCACCUCCACCCGGAGUGCCUCCUCCUCCACCGCCUCCACCCCCACCUCCUCCAACCGGUGUGCCUCCUCCUCCACCACCUCCACCUGGUGUGCCGCCUCCUCCUCCACCUCCACCCGGUAUGCCUCCUCCACCCAUUGGUUAUGUUACUUCUACACUGACAUCCCCUCCUGAACUGCCCCUUACAAAAAAAAGGAAGACUGUGAAACUGUUUUGGCAAGAGUUGAAACAGCCAGAAGGACCAAGGAAAUGCAAAUUUGGACAUGGCACAUUGUGGGCAUCCUUAGAUAAGGUUACUGUGGACACAACCCGACUUGAACAUUUGUUUGAGUCUAAAGCUAAGGAGCUUGCUACUUCUAAGAAACCAGCUGAAGUCAAGAAACAGGUAAUUGUUGUCCUGGAUCCAAAAAGGAGCAAUGCAAUCAACAUCGGUUUGACAGUGUUGCCAGCAGUGCACAUAAUAAAGACAGCAAUUAACAACUUUGAUGAGUUUGCAAUUAAUAAGGAGGGGAUUGAGAAAAUUUUAACCAUGAUACCUACAGAUGAAGAAAAGCAAAGGAUUCAGGAGGCUCAGCUAGCUAACCCAGAUGUUCCUCUUGGAACAGCAGAGCAAUUCCUUUUGACCUUGAGUUCAAUCAGUGGCCUCACUGCUCGACUGCAGCUUUGGGCUUUUAAACUGGACUAUGAAAACAUGGAGAAGGAGAUUGCAGAGCCAUUGUUUGACUUGAAGUUGGGAAUGGAGCAACUUGCAAAAAAUAAAACCUUCAAGAACAUUCUAGCCACACUUUUGGCAAUUGGAAACUUCCUCAACAGCAGCAAUGCAAAGGGCUUUGAGCUGAGCUACUUGGAGAAAGUUGUAGAAGUUAAAGACACUGUCCAUCGGCAAUCACUCUUGCACCAUACCUGCAAUUUUGUGAUUGAAAACUAUACAGACUCUUCAGAUGUGUAUUCUGAGAUUCCAGCUAUUACACGAUCAGCAAAGGUUGAUUUUGAUCAGCUCUCAGAAAAUUUGGUUCACCUGGAACGGAAAUGCAAGGCCUCUUGGGAUAAUUUGAAAGUGAUUGCCAAACAUGAAUCCAAACCUGUUCUUAAGAACAAAAUGACAGACUUUCUGAAGGACUGCACAGAGCGUAUUAUAAUCUUGAAGGUGGUGCAUCGGAGGAUUAUAAACCGGUUUCACUCUUUCCUGCUGUACCUUGGUCAGCCAUCCUACUCUGUGAGAGAUGUGAAGGUAACACAUUUCUGCAAGAUCAUAAGUGACUUUGCAUUAGAGUACCGUACCACCAGGGAGAGGGUGUUGCAACAGAAGCAGAAGCGAGCAGCUUACCGAGAACGAAACAAGACACGGGGAAAGAUGAUCACAGAGACAGAAAAGUUCUGUGGCGCUACUGAGACAUCCGUGAACGCCCUGGUUCAUCGAGACACUGACAGUGAGCCAGCCAAAGCUGAAGAAAACCAUGAGAACAUGAAGAAUGUCCUGAUCACCACAUCAGACUCUACAGCUCGCCGGAGUAGAGGAAACAGAAGUUUUGGCAGAAUUAGUCCACCUGAACCUGUAGCUCCACAGGAAGAUGGUGCAAGUUCCCAAGAUGAUGCAACAGAUGAGAUCAUGGACCGUUUAGUAAAGUCUGUCACACAGAAUCCCAAUCAGCGACCAUCCACUCCAAAGGAGAGAAAGAGAUCUCGAGCAAACCGCAAGUCCUUGAGAAGGACUUUGAAAAGUGGACUAAGUCCUGACAUGGUGCAGGCACUGGGACUGACAAAGUCCAGUGAAGUGGCAUUGUAAAAGGACUGACAAACAAUCAACAUGACCCAUGUACAGGAUGUCUUUUUUUAUGGAGUAUAAAUGAUGUAGCAGAGCACAAAACCACAAUGCAAGGUGAAAAUAACAGCAAUUUAACAAAAUGCAUCUUGCAUCAGUGCUGUUUACUUUUACUCUCACUGUGGACUUUACAUCAAUACCUUGUAUGAGGUGUGGCUUCAAUGGAGAAAAGGUCAUAAACGUACAUACCUGGAAACAACUGCACAUUCUAUUGGUAUUCUGUUACAAUGAAUUGCACUCAGCAAAUUAGGUUUAUUGUUUGAGGGGUGAUGUAUCUCUCCCAUAGUGUACAGCUUCUUUUUAUUGCUGAAGCUGCUACUAGAAUUCAUUAGAUUUCCAGUAAACAUAAAUGUGAGCAUCCAGUAUCCAUCAUUUCUUAGAAAUAUUGUUAAUUCUAUAUGUGUUUGUGUGUAUGUACAGUGUGUGUGUGUAUAAUACAUACACUUGUAUAAAUUAGUAUGGCCCAAAAUAACAUGCAUAUAGUGCAUACACACUUUAAAAUAUAUCAUCCCUGAGUAUAUAGUAUAGACAAUAUUAAGCAUGAUACAGUACCACAUAAAAAUGCAGUGAUUUUUAGAAACAUGAAUUUCCUUUCUAAUGCAAAACUAUUUUUAUGUUUUACCAGGCACUGAUAUAUAUAUAUAUAUAUAUAUAUAAUUUUUUUAAUUUUUGUAUCCUAAAUUUGAAAAUACUUGUGUUAGGUAGUUAACACUAUGUGGCCCAUCUUGUACAAUGUGUUAUUUCCUUUAUAUGGGAUUUGUGAAUAAAGUGGUUUAUAUGGAACUUUUUUUUAAAGUGUUGAUAAGAGAAAUGUCAUUAAGCAAUAUAUUUAUCCAUAAUGUGGGUAAUAAUUUGCACUGGGUUUAAGUAUGCUAGUCUGUUUUAUCAAAUUGUGGCAGUAUUAAUAAAUAUUUACUGUAUUUACAUGCACUUCUUCCCUUUUAUAUUAUGUAUUUUCCUGAUCACUUGCAGUAUGCUUUUUCAUGAUGUCCAAUUGUAUUAUCCCUGAAGAACGUCUGUUUCAAAAAUAAGGAACAAAACAGUAAAAUUUAACAGGCCCACAUUCCCAACCCUUCCUUUGUUAUAUGAAUAUGCAGAGACUUUAUUGUGGAUUGAUUCCUUCUGCCAAGUAAACCAAGCCCAAGUAGAGUGGGGUGGGGUGUUGUAGAGUUGUUGUUGUCGGCGAUGUGUAAAUUCCUGAUAUAAAUAAGUAAAACACUAUUGACCUUGUUUUGGAAAGUGUACUGUAUGUUUUCAUCUUAAAAGCAGCUUUCAUUUAUAGCUAGUUUGUUUAUCUUCCAUUAGUGGAUGCAGAAGAAAAUGAGCAUAUUUGUGUGUGUCAAGCAAAAUAUAAGCCAACACCAUACUUGAAUAAAUUCAAAAUUCAGCUUUA